AUGGCUUUUCAAUUCGCCACAAUCGCUGUCAUGAGCUUCGCGCUAUUUAGCACGCUUGCCAGCGCUGACGUCUCCUCGUUGCGCUACAAUGGCCUCGGACGCUUAACUACGCGCCUUCAGCGACAAGAAGCCAGUCCGACACCCUACCCCGCCUCUGGCUACCAGCCGCGUGAGCCCUUCGAUAUCCCCUCUCCAGACAAGCAACAAUUCUUUCCACAACAGCCCCAAUCUCCGGCGCAGCCACAAUUUCAAGCAGAGCCACAACCCGAAGUAAGCGGCUUCGACUUGGAGUCAACUCCCAGUUUGGGCUCCAACGGCGAUCAUAUCGACGCACCUAACGCGCUUUACGACGCACCCGCGCAAUUCCGUCAGACGCAAGCUUCGCGCCAACGAUUAGCCUUCUCACGCCAACAAUUUUCCGCUACGUCACCACAGCAGUCACGCUUGCCACAAAGCUUUCGACAAACGUUGCAAGCCACAGAACCACAGCGUUUUUAUAGCGCGCCCUCGGAUAACUCAGAAGCCUUCACGCGGCAGCGUCAACAAUUCGCCACCGCGCAGCAAAAUUUCCCACAAGCACCACAGCGCCUGUACGACGCUCCUGUCGAGGAUGAGCCACAAGCUGAGCGUCUUACAAGCGCCGUGAAAUCGGAGCGUCUUACUGCCUCACAGCCGGAGGAGCAACGCGAGGAGCGUGAAGAUGAAGCGGAGGUUGCUACCGACAUUGAAGUGACCGAGGUGAAGACGACCACCCCACAAGCUGCUGCGCCUACUCCUAACACCAGCGUAUUCUAUUAUCCAGCCAACGCGAUUGGCUUCGUGCAUCCUCUCACAGCCGCCUACUACCAGCCAAGUGCUUUCAUAGCUCCCGCUGCGCAGCCAGCUGUUGCUACUGCAGCGGCACCUUCGAAUGGAGAUCGUCCUGCUCCUGCCACAGCCGCUUCCCCCGUGCGUGCUGCGAAACCAGCACGCGUCACAGCUUUGGCUUCGCAAGUUUCUGUCCCUGCUGUUGCGCCUGUCGCAGCGCCGCAAUACUUUGCCGCAUCGCCCUAUUUGCAACAAUAUGCGUUUGCAGCCCCUGCCCAACUGCAGGCGUGGUAG